AAAACGCACCUCCUCCUCCUCCUCCUCCUCCUCCUCGCGCGUUAUGAUGCCCACACUGACUCAGAAGGACGAGGUUCAUCCUUUCUGACGCCUUCAGGGACAUUUAUUAUUUUUAUUUUCUCAUUUUUCCCUCCUCCACUCUCCUCUUCUUGCUGCUCUUUUCUUUUAUUUAUUUCAUUUCUUUUACACCGGACGGAUACAUCUUUUGUCCGAUGGCCACCUCCUCCUCCUCCUCCUCCUCCUCCUCCUCCUCAACCAUCAUCCCCAGCAUCAGCACCACCACCACCACCCGAGGGCCGUCGGGCCAGUCAGGACGGCCGGGAUUCAACCCGCACACCUAGCGGCUCGCUCCAUUGCUGCAGACGCCCAUGUUGGAAAGAGUUGCCUUCAUCGAUCACUGACUUUUCUUGGAUUGAGUUCAGAGCAACGGGACCAACUGUUGUUAAAGCCUCAUCAUGACGAAGCAGACGCUACUCGGUAAAACCUGAAUCCAGAGUCUGAAAAGGUGACGACUGAGAGCUGGAGGAGGGCAAAUUUAGGAUGAGAACCAGCAUCAAAUACCUGAAACAGUUUGUCUUUUCCCACCGUUCAGCUCCACAAGCAUCAACGAUGUGAACAAAGAGCAAACGCUGCUGCUCAUUAAACCGCUGGAAAACCAGACAAAUCGCAGUGGAUUGUACAACAAACGCAAUAAGACCACGAUUGUCUUCAACUGUGAACCUUUAAAAGGACCAAACUGUUUCUUGCUCCUGUAAAUGUGAAAUCUGAAAUCAAAGUCAUCACAAACUCAGACAGCGAAUACGAUUGUGGAUGAAAGACGCUCAGCGGGAUUAUUCAAACCAAACGAAAAACUGAACCGUCACAAAGGUUUCAUCCUGAAACUGGACGUACGUCCUGGACUCUGAGGUUGGAAGAAGUUGGAAUAAUUGUUCGUCUGUUAAUUUUGGAAAUCAAGAAGAAAACCAGACUCAUGAUGACUCACCUCCACGCCGGCCUCAGCUCCGAGACGACGGAGAAGGCUCGACUAGAGCUGAACGAAAACCCAGACACUCUGCAUCAGGACAUCCAGCAGGUGCGGGACAUGAUUGUGACGCGGCCGGACAUCGGUUUCCUGCGAACAGAUGACGACUUCAUCCUUCGCUUCCUCAGAGCCAGAAAGUUUGACCAGGUGGAAACGUUCAGACUGUUGGCCCAGUACUUCCAGUUCAGACAGCAGAACCUCGACAUGUUCCAGAGCUUCAAGGUGGACGACCCGGGCAUAAAGCGAGCCCUGAUGGACGGAUUCCCGGGUGUGCUGGAGACUCCGGACCAACACGGCAGAAAAAUCCUCAUCCUGUUUGCUUCUAACUGGGACCAGAGCAGGAACUCGUUCACUGACAUCCUGAGGGCCAUCCUGCUCUCUCUGGAGGUUCUGAUAGAAAACCCGGAGCUCCAGAUCAACGGUUUCAUCCUGAUCAUUGACUGGAGCAACUUCUCCUUCAAACAGGCCUCCAAGCUCACACCCAACAUUCUCAAACUGGCCAUCGAGGGUCUUCAGGACAGUUUCCCGGCUCGGUUUGGAGGAAUCCACUUUGUGAACCAGCCCUGGUACAUCCACGCCAUGUACACCAUCAUCAAACCGUUCCUCAAAGACAAGACCAGGAAAAGGAUCUUCCUCCACGGUAACAACCUGAACUCGCUCCACCAGCUCAUUCAGCCCGAGUGUUUGCCGUCGGAGUUCGGGGGGACGCUUCCACCGUACGACAUGGGCAUCUGGGCGCGAACGCUGCUGGGACCCGACUACAACGACGAGACCGAAUAUACGCUGACCUACGAUGCUCUGCACGUCAGGGAGAACUGUGGAGGAGGAGGAGGAGGAGGAGGAGACAAGGACAUGAUGAAGAGGUCUCAGUCGGCGGUGGAACAGGGAACUCUCCGACAGACGGACAGAGAGACGAGUACACCACUACUGGCCCUGGACUGAACACAGACGUCGAUCAGCAAAAACACACAAAGACUUAGUCCAACACCGUUCUCAAAAACACACCAAGUACCAGCUGAGUAUUAAGCUGGAGGAUCUGAACCCUUGUGUCCUGUUGAUGUGAACUCUGAGAGUGACUCGACCCAGGACUCCAUCUUCUAUCUUUGUGAGGAUUCUCGUUAAAUAAAUUCACAACCUCCAAAGUGGUUCCACCGCACAAUUACAGAAAAAUACGGCGCUUGAAUUAAACCACAAAUACCGUUUAAUAUUAUACAUGAAACUUUAAAAUGCAAAAGGCAAAAAAUAAAAUGCUGUUUCACAUUUAAUUCUACAAAUAAUUAAGUAUAAACUAUAACAUGUUCACAGUCAGUUUAAAUGAAUCUCGACAGUAGGAAGAGCAGUUUCGGCUUCGUACUAAGUAACGCUGCCUUUUCUCCUGUUUGAAUAAACUUUAUCGAACUCCGAGUGCACGUUUGCAUUCACAAAGAUAACACAGGCUUAAAAUGCUAACACUGCUAGAAUGCUAACACGAAUGCUAGCACGUCGACGUGACUCACAUGAAGUAAACAGACCAGGGAAACUACAAAUAACAGCCCCAGCGGACAUUUUGAGAACCCGUCUCAAAGCUGAACCUAGAACCAGGCUUCACGGUGAGAGAACAUGUCCUCACAAAGACAGAACCACAAACACAUAAGCUCUGUCCUGUCUCUGAGCCUCUUCCCAGCCAGCAGCAUCUGUCCUGAUGUCCACGACGACCGCACACAGCGUGUCGUCUACGUACUGUGCUGUUCAUUAAGCAAGAAUUAACAUGUGGUGACGUUUCUGUGAUGUGCGAGUCGAAAAAACUUUUAAUUUACACAGUUUAAAAAGAUUUUUAGCUCCUAGUUUUGGUUUUACAUGCAGACUUUUCACCUGACAGAGAAGAACUUUAGCAGCUUAAGGAGGUAGAUAAAUCUCUGAGAAGCUGGUGGAGACUAAAAACGGAGCUAAAACAGACUGAAAUUCGAACUUUGAGUCCUAAAGGAAUGAAAGCAUUGUUACUGGAGAUGUGAAGUGGAUGAUACCAACGGAUACGAGUUUUGGCUUCGCGUACUUUAUAGUUCAGACUUGAGACUUUAGGCUGUUUGAGGACGGCAGGACAUAGACUGUAUAUAAAUAUGGGAAACACGUCUCCACUUCCAUGUGUCCGAUUAGUACAGUCUGAGGGCGGAGCCAUGAAAUCGAUGCCCCGCCCACACUUCCUCCAGACUUACUAGCACAUUAAAUUAAUCCUACGCUCUGCUCCACCUCCACCAGCUACGAGGAAAUGUUGAUUAUACUCUGAACUUAUUUUUAAAAAUAGUUUCUACAACCACUGUCCCAUGGGCCCGCCUAACGGAGUGGUUGGCAUGGCAACUGAUGGUCGUCAUUACGUCACAUGUUCUGUGGCGUCAAAUAACGGACUAAAACGAAACUUAUCUGAAAAAUUGAACAUUUCACUUAUUUUUAAUAAACGAACUUAAACGAAAGAAACCAUUCUUUGAAAAAAAUGAUCUGAUGUGUGUUUGAAUGUUUUAGUUUGGCCCAAGCCCCGCCCACUAACAUGGAGGAGGUGGAGCUUAUGAGCUAUACUGCAGCUGUUCCACCGUCCAUCUUUAUUUACAGUCUAUGUGAGGGACAUAAACGGUGUAACCUGUGUCAGCAGCCGACGCCGCUGCAAAAAGGAAUGAAAUCAUUGGCUCAUACUGAAAAACCAUAUAAGGUAAUAAAUCGCCAAAUAUUUGGUUGCGGUUCGUACGCAUCUUUAAAGACACGUUGGCAUACAAAAGUCAAAUAUUUGUGUAACUUGUGGUCAAUAAAACUCACUUUAAGGUCCUGAAAUGUGAAGAAACAAGUAGGGAACAUUUAUCAACAGGAGGAAGCAGCACAAUGGGCAAAGAGACGUUGCUUCGGUAGAAUAACUUCACCUUUUUUUGUUGUUGUUGUUGUUUCUUUCUUGACUUUGCACAAAGUGUUUCUAAAACGAAAGCACUGUAUAUUGUUGCCACAACCACUCUUUUCACAUGCAUGGACACGUUCUACCAGAGAGAAGCCAAACUCCCCUUUAACCUCUCCUGCUGUGAAGGGAAAGAUUGUUUUUACUUAACUUAUUUAAAGAUUGUAUAUUAUUGUUAUCAGUAUUAUUCCACUGCAAAAAAAGGAAAAAAGAGUUCGUUAUUGGCAGGUUUGUCAGAUUGUUUUUUUUUUUUUUUUUUGCAGUGCUCAUCAGGGCUACACUAAAGCAGUGAUCUGAUAUCCACUCGACUGUAAUGUAUUUCCGAUGUAUUUCAAUGAAUGUAUAGAAGUAAACAUUUACACCAA